AUGGAUCCUAAUUAUUUUCAUUAUCAACAAACUUUGUUCAAUUACGUGCAAAAUUAUCAAAAUUCUCAAUUUCCAUCGGUGCCAACAAACUCCGCCAUAUUUUUUUCGUCACCAAACAAUCCAAAUAUGUAUCAUAGACCUCAAAUGAAUUCUAAUAGUAUAGAAUUUUUUCCUCAUAAACUGGAAACACCGAUUGGGUUUAAGUCUGGAUGUCAAGUUUCACCAUUUUCUACUCAAGUUGUUGUGGGAGUUGAUAAAAAAGCUGAGAGUUUUUGGUUAAGAAUCGCUACCAAUUAUAACCAGUAUCGUGGACAAUCGCGGGAAAAGUUAGGUGGACAAUUAAAAUAUCGUUGGCAUCGAAUAAAUGACUCGGUUCAAAAAUUUGUUGGGUGUUACAAGCAAGCUGUUAAUGGAAAGAAAAGUGGGACAUCGAAGAACGAUAUCAUGACCGUUGCACAUGCUUUUUUUGCUCAAGAUGAAGGUACAACAUUCAAUCUUGAGUACACAUGUCGAUUGUUAAAAGAUGAACCUAAAUGGAUGAGAGAAUCGAUUAGAAAUUCUUCAAAAAUAACAAAGGCUUCUGCUAGUGGGGCAUCAUCGGCUAACCCAGAUACACCUUCAAGUUAUGAGUUUAACUCAUCAUCACCAAUGGAGCGUCCAAUGGGACAAAAAGCAGCAAAAAGGAAGGGUAAAACAAAGGAAAUUCCAAAUGCAACGCAAGAUGCAAGGAUUAAAAGAUUAGCAACAAUGAAAAGACUAGCUCAAUGUAAGGAGGACGAGCUAGAAUUAAAGGCAAUGCAUAUCAUCAUGGAAGACACUUCUAUUAUGAAUGAUACUCAACGAGAUCUUCAUAAAAAAUAUUGUAAUAAGAUGAAAAAAAAUAGAAUGUAA